AUGGUCCCGCAAUCUGCACACCGUGCUGGGCUCAGGAGCUUCAUCCGCUACGGCUGGCGCUGGAGCUGGAGGGUGGCCACCUUUGUGACCAUAUUCAACGUGGUGAGCACCAGUCUGUCUGUGUACCGCGAUAAAACCACCAUCAGUAAUUUUGCUUCAGCAGGAGCCUUCACAGGAGCUCUCUUCAGAAUGCACUUGGGCCUGCCUGGGCUGGCAGGCGGCUUCCUGUUCGGAACAGCUUUUGGGAUCCCUGCAGGGGGCCUCAUAAUGAUUGCACAGAAACUUGCUGGUGAGACUUUGCAGGAGAAGCGAAAUCGUGAGCGCAGGGAGCAGUAUGAACAGAAAUUAGCAGAGUGGCAAUCCAGGCUUAGUGUGACUGAAGACUUGGGCAAAAUGGACAGCAAUGCCCGGGAACAAUCACAGACAGAAAAUAGCAGGGGAAUCUAGGAGCUGCUGAGUCUUCCUCAGAUCUCUGUCUGCUUAGGGUAUUUCACAAUCGGUUUUGAGGAAGGGUGGAGGAGAUUGGAGUGACAUGGAAAUACCCUGUAGAAGACAUGUUUUGGGUUCUUCAGUAGAAGAGUGGCGGAGGGGUCUACGGAAAGGAUGACCUUUUCUGAUGGUAAUGGUGGAAGUAUUGGCUCAGUGGACAGAUAAUAACAGGAAUAAAAAAUGCUCAAAUUUCACACGAAGGUUGAAAAUUAGAGGAUUACCUCGGCAGGGGAAAUGCAGUUCAUGACAUUCAAUAAAGCCAUCUGGCAGCGGUGAUUGUG